UAUUCUGUUUGAUGCACUUUGUAGUUGAGAACGUGAUGGCCACCAAACAGCUUGACAGGAACCUUACUGGGAGCCUCAGUCGCCAUGGUAACGACAAGACUCCUUCCCUUAGAAACACACUGCCCCUAAGUUACACGCCUCCCGUGAGACACAAGAGAGAAAUGUCAGGAUCCUCUAUAGCCUUGUUUGAGAUGGAAGACUCGCUUAGGAAGCCUCUGUAUGGAAUACUGAUGAAGGCUCCUUUCUUUAAUGACAAGAAAUACGGAAAGGUCUGCUACGAAGUGUCUGAGGGAGGGGCUGUUAAGAAGUGGACGAUGAAAAUGUUUAAGUUUGAAAGUGAGAGCGGUGUUCUGUGUUACUGUGAUGCAGGCAGCUACCAGAAGAGCAACCAGGUAGCAGAUGAUAUACCAACAGUAAUGUUGGGAAAGUGCCAAUAUUUCCACGUGGGGUCAACUGCUUUCUGUCAGAGUGAACCUGACAUGGACAAUGUGGACAAGUGCCAGUUCGUAUUCAGGAUAGACGGUUUAACAGGAGUACAUGAUAAGAGUCUGUACUUAGCGUCCUACACCCCAGAAGACAGGUUAAAGUGGGUUACUCGUAUUACUAACUACACUCAGGCUAGGCUCAUGGACAGAGUCAAGUUAAAAGAGCACCAGAGACUCAAAGUUACCAUCUCUAUUCAGGACGGACAGAUAGAGCACCUGACAGAGGAACUAGAUAACUUAAUACAACUGUCCGGCUACUUGAAGAGUCAGGUUAAGAAGUAUCAGAAACUAGCUGGGCAGAUGAGGGAGGACAAUGUCAUGCUGCUGGACAAACUGGAGGUGGUAUCUAAAGAGAUCUCUGGACUACGGAACUCCUUAAAACAGAGCUCAGUGUCUAACCAGAUAGCACGUCUCACACUAGACAACAACAACAGUGACACAGAAGAGUUUGUCAGUCCGGAGGUAGAGUAUUUGGAAAAGUUUUCUAAAUACCUGGACUUUAAGAGGAACGAUAUUAUCAGACUCUCCCACCGGGGGAACAGACCGGGUCCUAGCAUGAACAUUGAGGCGGACAAGGCUAGUAAUAAUCUGUCUAAAAGAGAGGCAUUGGUUUGAAGUAAGAGAGCACCACUAGAGAUCAGGACAACAAACAGGGAGAUACAAUCCCUGUCCCUCCCUGUUCAUGUUAAGAUGAUAUAAAGAGGGCGUGGUAAAUGGCCAACAAACAUUGACGAGAACAUCUACAUCUACAUCAUUCCAGACACCAAACAUUAUAAUAUUGGUCCUAAUAUCUAUCAUGAUUCAAUAGUAGUAGAAAUAAUUUCCAAGAACUUACCAAGUUUUGUCGAAUUGGCUCGGGAUGAGCUUCAGUUCACCAUCUUGUACUUUCUUGAUGGACCUCGCUGCCAUGUCUUUACAGUUUAUCCACCUGAAUAGUGAAUAAUUAUCUCAUCAUAUAAACAAAAUCCAUCGCCUCUUGAUAAGUUUAACUUUGCGCAGUGGAAAUGAAAAAUGAGUUGAAAUAUUUUGAAAUGUUUCCCAUUGUUAUUUUGAAAUAUUUCCCAUUGCAAUUUUGAAAUAUUUCCAAUUGCAAUUUUAAAAUAUUUCCCAUUGUAAUUUUGCGGUUUUGAUAAAUGGAAACCUGAUGAAGAUGUCGAUAACAUUAUAACACUAGUUAAUCUUAUAACACUUGUUAAGUU